AUGAACACCACCGCUUCAAUCGAAUUCGAGCUUCUCUCAAUGAAACCCGCUUGCUACACUUCCCUUCGAGACAUCCUGCGAUCACCGGCAACUGUUGUUCAGCUCUCGAAAGCUCCCUACUCUGCCGCCAAUCCGGGGUAUGAAAUCAUGAUUCGAAACCGCCUAGUGAAACAGGCAGCCUGGGCUUAUCUCCAACCCAUGUCAACCGACACUGAGUCAGGUGGAUCGGCUGUCUUCAACCGCCUGUGGACCCAGUUUACCGGUGCACUCUUUCGUCUUAUAACCACCGCCUUUGAUUGCAUUCUCCUGUCACUUCAGUUAACGAAUCAGGUUCCCCUGGAGCGUCUAAACAUUAGUCAAACGGGUUCUCUAUGCCCCGAAUUUGAAGCGGUUACACGUCUGUCUUUUGCUUGCUUUGAUCGAUAUUAG